GUCUGAGCUCGGGCAUUCAUGAUCAGUUCAUCACCCGGAAAAAGUACAACUGAAUUCUGGGUAAUUUCUGGCUCGAAGUAGGGAAGAAGAAGAAAAAAAAAACAGAGCCGAUUUGAAAGCCCAUCGCGUCGGCCCGCGAACAGACUGCUGCGUUGCUUCCUGGCCUGCCAUCACAAGGGUAAACACUGUGGGCCUUAGGUCUUGGAUUGCUCGUCUUGCGAUGCGAUGCGAUGCAACGCAGCGCUCGCGAGAAACUGCGCAAUACUCCAUGUCGCUACUUCGUGGAGUCCAGAGGCUGGCGCUCGGCGUCGCCGCCGCCGCCGCCGCCAGAGGACGUCUCCCUCUCGCCGCUCUUCUUCGGUUCCGCUUCUCAUCCGCCUACUACUACCCGACGUCCGCGGCAGCAGCACGAUCUCGCUUCCUCGCCACGGGUUCGAGGAUGCUCGCGCCCGACUUGCUGUGUGGCGGCGUCGUCGACGCGCCAGGGCACGAGAUGCACCCCGACGCCAUCGAGCUCGCGCGGUUCGCCGUCGCCGAGCACAACAGCAAGACGAACGCGGCGCUGGAGUUCGUGAGGCUCGUGAAGGUGAGGACGCAGCUGGUGGCCGGACGCAUGUACUACUUCACCGUCGAGGUGAGGGAGGUCGACGGCGGCGCCAGCAAGCUGUAUGAGGCGAAGGUGUGGCUUAGGCCAUGGGAGAACUUUAAGGGGCUCCAUGCAUUCGACCCGGUCGCGGAUGCCGCCUAGCUAAUUAAGACCUACAGUACUUAUUUGCGACGAACAGUUGUGCUUUUAGUGGCCCGAAGUUUCUUUCGUUCAGGACCGAAAUGUAUGAAAUUCGAGAAAUCUGAAUUAUUUUGCUGCAGUUUUGAACCCUGAGUAUAUAUAGGCACUGAACUGCCCAAUGAUUCUGUGUCAAUCAGCGA